CUCAUUCUUGAAGCCAUGAGAAUCCUCUGACUGAUCUUCCUUUCAAGGAGACAGAUUAGGUUCUGAAACCUAGCAGAUCGAAACCUCUUCUAAUGGGGUGCUUUCUUGCUUGUUUUGGUUCCUCCAAGGACAGGAAUCGAAAGCGCCGCCAUAGACACAAAAUCCUCCCUGGAGAUCCGAGACAUGGAAGCUAUGAACCUCUGAAACCAGCUCUCUCUUUGAACCAAGAAAGCAAGGAAACACUCAUUAGCUCCGUCUUGGAACAGAGGAAUAUUAAGCCUGAAGAACAAUUGAGCUUCAGCACAAGAAAGAAAGUCACCUUCGAUUUGAAUGUGAAAACCUACGAGAACAUAUCAGCACCUGAAACCACAAAUUAUUCAUGGGAGAACGAUGAAGAGAUAGAAAGGUGUAAGCAAGAAGAAAAAAGGGCAAAACUAAGCCUACUACCAGCCUCUGAGGAUGAUUCUGUUACAUCGAGCUUGGGAUCUUACCCCCCAAACCACAGAUACCAAAAUUGCUGGGACAGCAACGAUGAGGAGGAAAAUAUAGACUUUAGUGAAAGCGAUCUGGACGAUGAUGAUGACGACGAUGAAGACGAUGGAUACUAUGAUGAGGAAGAUGAUGAACCAAGAGAAUACAAAGCAGAUUCUUCCGAAUCGUCUCUCUCUUCACCAAUUGAGUCACAGACACAGGGUCGUGCUACUCCACUCAACGAUAAGGAAGUUGACAGGUCCAUGCCGAUCUGUGGUUCACCUGAAGGGGAACUGAAAACACUACCGUUGAACCAGAAUGCUCGAGAUAGGAGCAAAUAUGUUCACUCGGUAUUGAACCCAGUUGAGAAUCUGUCACAGUGGAAAGCUGUCAAGGCGAAACCAAGAGCAGCAACAGCCCAAUUACAGAAUCAGAAGGAAAAUGGCAACUUUGAGCAGGAAACACAGAUACCCUUCAACCCAGAGCUAACUUUCAAGCUAUCACUUUUGCAAUCCAGCCAAAGCUUCAAUCAGUUUAGGCCUAAAAAGCAAGAAACCGCCGUUGAUGCCAGCCUUUCAAACUGGUUGGUGAAUGCUGAAACAACACCUGCCAUGGAUUUGAACUCUAGUUCUUCGUGCAAAGGAAUACCUAAUACUGCUACCAGCAAAUACAGAGAGGUAUCAGUGAAGUAA